CCGUCUUCGGCUGCAACGGGUACACAGAAAUGGCAACGGUCUGUUUUAGAGUCUAGUUCUAUGCAGUGAGCUAUUUCUGAAUUCAAGGCAGCCCACAUAAUACUAAACAAGGUCAGUGUUUUAAUAUUCAUCAUCUUUCAUGCAGGUUUUGCACUUCCUCAAUGUCUUGAAUUUAAGUUCAGGAAGUGUAAGAUUUCAGAAGUGUGCAGUCUAUGAAAAGAUUCUUGGUGUUUGCGGGUUGACUGAGCCACUUAAUGUGUACAGCAUCGUUUUUUUUUUUCUUUGGAGGACUUGUGCAGAAGUACAGUAUCCCAAGAAUUCCCCUGCAGGUUCAGGCGUGUGUGGAACAAAUAGAGUGGAAGUUACGGCGACUCUGCGCCCAUACCUGAAUGCGGUGCGUGCUACACUGCAGGCAGCUCUCUGUCUGGAAAACUUCUCCUCGCAGGUGGUUGAAAGACACAACAAACCUGAGGUUGAAGUCCGGAGCAGUAAGGAGCUGUUGCUUCAGCCUGUUGUAAUCAGUAGGAAUGAUAAAGAGAAGGUCUUAAUAGAAGGUUCCAUCAACUCUGUGCGAGUCAGCAUUGCUGUCAAACAGGCUGAUGAGAUUGAAAAGAUCCUGUGUCACAAGUUCAUGCGCUUCAUGAUGAUGAGAGCUGAGAACUUCUUCAUCCUGCGAAGAAAACCUGUCGAGGGAUAUGACAUCAGUUUCCUCAUUACUAACUUCCACACAGAACAAAUGUACAAGCAUAAGUUAGUGGACUUUGUCAUCCAUUUUAUGGAGGAGAUCGAUAAGGAAAUCAGUGAGAUGAAACUGUCAGUCAACGCCAGGGCUCGCAUAGUUGCAGAGGAGUUCCUCAAAAAUUUUUAGGAAAUUAUCAGUACACCUUCUACUGGCUGCAAUACCUGUGUCACAUUGGAUGCCAUAAAAACUGAUGGAGAGCUGUGGGGCUAUGGAGGAAGUAGUUAAGGUGCGAUUUGUUUCCUGGACCACCAGCAAAGGUGGAACAGCUGGAUCCAGAGGGUGUCGUUUGUCACAGGAGUGAAUUCAGAGUAUUGCAGUAUUGUAACUCAAGAGCAAACUGAUGGCUUUCACAGACAGCCACAGUACUCCUUUUGUUAUUGUUUUAUUCCUUUGUUUGACUUUUUUUUUCUCGUUUUUUUGUGCUAAUGGCCUAAUUUUGUUUUAAAAUAAUUUAGUUUCUUCACACUCUGCAAUUCCAUUUGUGUAUUGUCUCUGUUCAUCAUCCCAAAUCCCUUUGUUAUUAUUUAGUAGUAGUGAAGCGCUCACAACGUUGCAAUAUUCUGAAUAUGCCUCUGCUUUUUCCCUCGUGCUCAUGAAUAUUAAUGAGUAGGUACUGUACAUAUUAAAAAGGAUAGACUCAUUUUACCUCUGCCUUUCUAAUAAACCUUAAAAUCAGGGUGGGUCUAUAUAAAUGAAGCUUUAUUGAUGCUCAUGAGCACUAAGGAAAAAUGUUCAAUGUCCAAUCAUUUAGACGGUUUGUUUUGUCUGUGUUUUUUAUAAAUAUGUAUACUGUGUUCAGAUUUUUCAAGGUAAGUUUUGAUAUUAAAAAAAAAAACCACGCUGGUGCACAUGGAUUUUACGAAUCAUAUCAGUCAUGGCAAAAUAAUGAUGAUGCUAAAUAAAUCCCUUUAUUGCUUGUAUUGUGUUGUGUACGGUGGGAAUGACCGCUCUUUCAAUUUAGGUUCAAUUACUUAUUUUGGUAAGUUUUGUUGCAGUCUGCCUUCUGUACAUUUUGAAUGUUACAGUCUGUACAAUACAAUGAUGGCCCAUAUUUGAAGAGCCCCUGAGAAGGAUCAGUAACUAUUUGAUAUGCAGCCCCCUGUACUUUUAAUUAUUUGAUAUGCAACACCUUUUUAUGAUAUU